UUGUUCUUCCUCUUCAGAUCGCUGCUUGUUGACUCGAUCGGGAACUGCCUUGCGGUCGAUCUGAUGCCUAGUGUCGUGGUUAGGAUCGGAUGACGUCCGCUCCGGCCGCCGCGCCUCCUUUCGAGCGCCACCGCGCUGCCUCUUCGAAUACGUGUGAGCAAAGACUCCAUUGUUCUGCAUCAAAUUAGUGAAAUUAGUGAAAUUCAACUGGGGCUUUCGUUCAGGAACAAGGGGCAGCUUGCUAUUGAUCUAUCGAUUUUAUUGGAGCUAAAAGGAGUUGGAUAUUUGGAUGAGCUUUCGACGCUUCCUUGAGUUGGGCACUAGAAGGUGUUCAAGAGUGAACUGCUGUUCAUAUCAUCAAAAGUGAAAACUCCUUUUCUGCUUACGCCUGUUUGCAAUCACCAAAACUGCCAUCCCUCACAUAUUGCCUGAAGCAAAAUUAAAGAAAUCUGAAAUCUGAUGGACCCAAUUCUGUCUGUCCAUGUCAAACUCCUAGCUGUGGAUCUGCUCUCACUGACUGUCCAAUCUUAUGGCCCUCUCACAUUCACCCACAAAAAUUGGCCCAUUGCUCGAGCUGAAAGUCUUGGUGUGGUGGUUAGCCGAGAGCGCAAGGAUAAGUUCCUCAAAUUUCUAGUUGACGAUGGCACUGGUUGCAUCCCUUGCAUACUCUGGCUCAACCACCACUCAUUUGCACAGCGCUCUCACCCCAUUGAUCUUGAACUGAAGGCACGGAUGGCAUUAGAUUAUGCUGAGAAGAUUCAGCUUGGGCUUCUUGUAAGAGUUCGAGGACGGAUCACUUCUUUCAUGGGUGUGAUACAGGUAACUGUGGCUGAUGUUGUGUUUGAAAGGGAUCCCAACAUGGAGUUGUUGCACUGGUUGGAUUGUAUUAGGAUGUCUCGAAGAUAUCCCUGAUGUAAAUACCUUGUCUCGUCAAAGUAUUUCCUGACAUUGUAUUAGUGUUCUAUCUGAACUAUGGGAGAUGUGGAGGUUUUUAAAACGGGUUCAUGGUAUUCUUGUUGGUACGUGUGAUAGAUCUCUAGUUUUAACUAAUUGGUUUUUACGAAAGCCAUUAAAAUGA